CUUCCGUUUUCAUAAGUGGAAUGAAGAUCAGUAAAUGAAAAAAAGAGGAUAUUUAUGGAGUAACUUCUGUCAUAACAUAUUAACAUGAAACUCAUUCUUAAAGAAUGCUUCAAUCAAAAAGAAAAUUAGAAAACCCACCUGCUGUGGUCACAUAGAGGGACCAACUUGUCAUUGAGUCAAAUGAGACCUCGAACAUCACAGCUGGUGGAGCUUCAUGUUUUUUAUGUCCCAGCAGAAGUAUGGAACUUCAAGCUGAAUACAGUUCCAGUAGCUCUUACUAGCAAAUUCAUCUCAGCUGGAUUUAUAAGGGUGUCUCCUCACAUCACAUUAAGAGUGCUGCGGGAGAGGCUUGGAGAGUACCUGGGUGGUGUGACAGUGACAGAUAAAUUCAGAUUUUUAAAAUGCAUUGGAAAAAAACUAGCAGUGGUGAGGGCAGAGCAGGAAACAGAACUGGAGCUGAAGUCAUUUGCUCCUCCUUAUGCACUUUAUCCUGAAUUAUAUUUAUUACCUGGAGUGGAAUAUUUUGAAGAUGUUUAUCCAUUACCAUCAUCAACUCAACAAAAACAUCACAUUAUUGAAGAAGCUAAUAGGUUUGGUCAUGGAUCAAGAUUAUCCAGCCUUUCCCAACAGAAACCUGAAAAAAGCAAACCAUUUUUAGAAAGUAUUAGAAGCAGGCAUCAGGUAGAAAAUCUGGAAGCGCCCAGUCCUGUGGAAUGGGAUGAGAAAGAAACUGUUGCAGUUUUGCACACAAACAGUAAGGAAGACAAUAACAACAGGAUUCCAGAAAAGCAGUUUGGAAAUAAAGAUCAAAGUGGAUCUGAUGGAUCUCUCUUCACACCAAAUCAUUCAAAUCCUGCAGGUCAGGAGCCUGGAAAGCGUGACCUGGUAUCACAGACCUCUGAGCAGAAUCAUCUCAGCCAAGAUCAGGAAGACUACAAUGCUCCUAAGUGGAACAACAAAGCCAAAGGAACUGCUCUUACUCAUGUAAACCACAGUGAUGAACAAGGCCAGGGUAACCAAAGACCCCAAAAUCACAGUAAACAUCAGAAGGAACCAGCAAAUAUGGAAAAUAACGAGCACCAAAAAGAUACCAAAUUAAGAAGAGACGGAACACAGGAUGCUGAAAUUCUUAAAAUAAUGGAAGAUCAAACUACAGAUUAUGUCCACAAAAAGCAAAGCUUGCAGCAAAACAGAACUAAGAAGGCUAGAGUUGGUGAAAAACUGGAUAAUCAGGCAGAUGAAAACAAGCAAAAUCAUCUUACUUCUCCAAAAGAGUACAUUUCACCUCCUAGUCCACCUUUUUUGGCACUUACUGUAAAUCCAGCUCAAGUUCCUGUAAUUCAGGCAGCAAAAAACAAGAUGGUAGAACAAUUGCAGGAAAUUAAGAAAGACAGAAGACACAUGGAAAAAACUAGAGAAGAACUGAUCAAAAAAGCUAAAGGGCUACGGGAACAAAAUAAGCUGAGGAGAUACCAUGUUCGUGAGGAAUGGAAGAAGAAGUACUUUGAAACUAAAAAAGCUACAGUUUCACUGGAGGACACCUUAAACAAACUGCGACAAGAUUUAGAGCUUUACCACCACAAAUUGCUCUUGCAAUUGGAAGCCAGAGAUAGCCAAAAACGACCAAACAAUACAACAACCUCCAAGAAUUACACAAUCAUCCGGAUUGCUACAGUGCAACAUGAGCUCGAUCAACUGAGGAGGAAGCUAGAUGAUACAAAAAUGAGACUACUAAUAGAAAUUAAGAUGAGAAAGCAGGCAGCAUCUGAUUUAGGAGCACUGAGAGCGGAACUGACACAGAAGAAAAUUCAUUCAGCUUUAAUUCUCCCGUCCAGAAAAUGAGGAAUUUAAGAAGAUGACAUGACCAACAUCUGUGAAGUCUACAGCAGCUCUCUAGUGUAUGUAGAAGAGAAUUUCAGAGCAUUUGUUUGUGUGUUCUUGAAGGUAUUUUGUAAAAAGGCAUUAAUUAUAUAAAUGUUGUGGAAUCUGUAUACUAGGCUACUGAGGGAAUGCUGCUCACUUAUUUUUACAUCUCACUGUAAGAUUAGUCAGCUACUUAAACAUACAGUUUAAGCUAGUAACAUGUCUAAACCGAAGCUGUUAUUUUUAAAGUGCAAAUUAGUUAAUUGUGUAACAUCCCAGUGGUAUGCUGAUUCAAUUAACUAAAUAGCUACUAAGAAAUAAACCUAAAAUCUGUAACCUCCUGUUCUUAUGCCAUUUUUUAGAAAUUAUUAAAAUACAUUUUCAGUAGAACUACA